AGCUUCGAGCUGGGGCCCCAGGGCCAGGCCAGGCCAAAGCCUCCCAAGGGCCGAGGGCAGCGCAAGGAGCAGAGGCUGCAGGACAUGAAGAAGGAGAUGGAGAUGGACGACCACAAGUUGGAUGUGGAGGAGCUGGAGGCCAAGUUCAGCACCAGCAGCACCAAGGGCCUGUGCUGGGGGGUGGCAGCGGAGCGGCUGCUGCGGGACGGUGCCAACGAGCUGCGGCCCCCGCGGGGCACUCCGGAGUGGCAGAAGUUUGGCAGGCAGCUGGCAGGAGGCCUGCAGUGCCUCAUGUGGGUGGCAGCUGCCAUCUGCCUCAUCGCCUACGGCGUGCAGCAGGGCGAGGGAGACCGAGGCAGCUCUGACAACCUCUACUUGGCAGUGGCCCUGAUGGCCGUGGUGGUGGUCACAGGAUGCUUUGGCUACUACCAGGAGUUCAAGAGCACCAACAUCAUCGCCAGCUUCAAGAACCUGGUCCCUCAGCAAGCCACCGUGAUCCGAGAGGGCUCCAAGCUGCAGGUCAACGCCAGCGAGUUGGUGGUUGGGGACCUGGUGGAGAUCAAAGGUGGAGACAGAGUCCCAGCAGACAUCAGAAUCAUCUCCUCCCAGGGCUGCAAGGUGGACAACUCCUCCCUGACCGGGGAGUCGGAGCCGCAGCCUCGCUCCCCGGAGUGCAGCCAUGAGUCCCCCCUGGAGACUCGCAACAUUGCCUUCUUCUCCACCAUGUGCCUGGAAGGCACAGCUCAGGGGCUGGUGGUGAGCACGGGGGACAGGACCAUCAUCGGCCGCAUCGCCAGCCUGGCCUCUGGGGUGGGGGAGGAGAAGACUCCGAUCGCGGUGGAGAUCGAGCACUUCGUGGACAUCAUCGCCGGCCUGGCUGUCUUCUUCGGGGCCACCUUCUUCGUGGUGGCCAUGGUCAUUGGCUACCCCUUCCUGCGGGCCAUGGUCUUCUUCAUGGCCAUCGUGGUGGCCUACGUCCCCGAGGGGCUGCUGGCCACAGUCACGGUGUGCCUCUCUCUGACGGCCAAGAGGCUGGCCAGGAAGAAUUGUGUGGUGAAGAACCUGGAGGCAGUGGAGACCUUGGGGUCCACCUCGGUGAUCUGCUCGGACAAGACAGGGACCCUGACCCAGAACAGGAUGACUGUGGCCCACCUCUGGUUCGACAACCAGAUCCACACUGCCGACACCACCGAGGACCAAUCAGGCCAGAGCUUCGACCAAUCCUCAGCCACCUGGACCAUGCUCAGCAAGGUUGUGACCCUCUGCAACAGAGCUCAGUUCAAGCCAGGCCAGGAUGACAUCCCCGUGGCCAAGAGGGACGUCCUGGGGGACGCCUCGGAGACGGCGCUGCUGAAGUUCGCCGAGCUGACCCUGGGCUCGGUGGAGGAGGCCAGGGGGAGGCUGCCCAAGGUGGCAGAGCUGCCCUUCAACUCCACCAACAAGUUCCAGGUUUCGGUCCACGAUGCUGGAGAACGUCAACUGCUGGUCCUGAAAGGAGCUCCUGAGAAGGUCCUGGAGAGGUGCAGCUCAGUGCUGCUGAAGGGGCAGGAGCUGGCCCUGGACACCCAAUGGAGGGAGGCCUUCGAGGAGGCCUACGCAGAGCUGGGGGGACGUGGGGAGAGGGUCCUGGGCUUCUGCGCUCGCUGGCUGCCGGCAGGGGCGGUGGCAGCCGGGACGGAGCCUGAGCACCUCCCGGAGGUGGCCGUGGGGCUCUGCUUCGCCGGCCUGGUCUCCAUGAUCGACCCCCCCAGGGCCACCGUCCCCCAGGCUGUCCUCAAGUGCAGGACUGCAGGCAUCAGGGUGAUCAUGGUGACCGGGGACCAUCCCAUCACGGCCAAGGCCAUCGCCGCCGCCGUCGGCAUCAUCUCGGAGGGCAGCGAGACCCCCGAGGAGGUGGCAGCUCGGCUCCGGGUGCCCCUCGACAGGGUGGACCCCAGGCAGGCCAGGGCCAGGGUGGUGACCGGGGCGGAGCUGGCAGCCAUGACCCCAGAAGCUCUGCAAGGUCUUCUCCAGACCCACCCUGAGAUGGUCUUCGCCAGGACCUCCCCCCAGCAGAAGUUGGUGAUCGUGGAGAGCUGCCAGAAGCUGGGCUCCAUCGUGGCGGUGACCGGGGACGGUGUGAACGACUCGCCGGCGCUGAAGAAGGCUGACAUCGGCGUGGCCAUGGGCAUCGCCGGCUCCGACGCCGCCAAGAACGCCGCCGACAUGAUCCUGCUGGACGACAACUUCGCCUCCAUCGUCACCGGCGUCGAGCAAGGUCGCCUGAUCUUCGACAACCUGAAGAAGUCCAUCGCCUACACCCUGACCAAGAACAUCCCCGAGCUGACUCCCUACCUCAUCUACAUCACGGCCAGCGUGCCCCUGCCCCUGGGCUGCAUCACCAUCCUCUUCAUCGAGCUCUGCACCGACAUCUUCCCUUCGGUGUCCUUGGCCUACGAGCGGGCGGAGAGCGACAUCAUGCACCUGCGGCCGCGCCACCCCCGGCGAGACCGAUUGGUCAACGAGCCCCUGGCCGCCUACUCCUACUUCCAGAUAGGAGCCAUCCAAUCCUUUGCCGGCUUCACUGACUACUUCGUGGCCAUGGCCCAGGAGGGUUGGUGGCCUCUGCUCUGCCUGGGCCUCCGCCCCCACUGGGAGGAUGUCCACCAGCAGGAGCUUCAGGACAGCUAUGGCCAGCAGUGGACCUUCUGGCAGCGGCGCUACCAGCAGUACACCUGCUACACUGUCUUCUUCAUCAGCAUCGAGAUGUGCCAGAUCGCCGACGUCCUCAUCCGCAAGACCAGGAGGCUCUCCCUCUUCCAGCAGGGCCUCUUCAGGAACCGCAUCCUGCUGGUGGCCAUCGUGUUCCAGGUGUCCAUCGGCUGCUUCCUCUGCUACUGCCCAGGGAUGCCAAACGUCUUCAACUUCAUGCCCAUCCGGUUCCAGUGGUGGUUGGUGCCGAUGCCCUUCGGCCUCCUCAUCCUCGUGUACGACGAGAUCAGGAAACUGGGAGUGCGGAGACACCCCGGGAGCUGGUGGGACCGGGAGCUCUACUACUGA